AUGCUCUCCAUUUCUUUCUUGGCGCUGGCCCUGGGUGUUUUCGCCCAGAAAGUCUUGGGUGGCGUCUCGGUCCGUAAGACGGGCACUGCGCCUACCGGCUGCGAAGUCGACUUUACAUUAGUCAACGAGACAGCGUCGCGUGUCAUCGUUGCCGGCGGCAUCUUUCCCUUUACAGACCAAUGGCACACCGGCUGGCAGUAUUCCGGCGGAUGGAGCCCCAAGGAAUACCAGCGUGGUGACUUUAUCCUACCGCAAACCGCUGGUGGUCUUGGAGGUGCCGACUGGCCAUAUGUCAUGGAGAGCGAUGGCCAAGGCAGCUGGCACCUGACGGUACCGAUGCCGUCUGGGACGUACAAUUACGCAUUCUUGGUCGACUGCGAAGUCCCGGCGAACUGUUCUUUCGCAAGCGGCAAGUGGGUGAUCGACCCCGAGAACCCGCCUUUUGUAAACGUCCCAGGUGACCAGACCGCCUCGUCCUUUCAGGUACCCUUCGAUGCCGAGUUCCAGGGCACCCCGGCUGGUGGUUCGGACCUGGACUUUGACUACGCCCUCCCGCGCGCCGAGGCUAGCGAGCGUGGCACAGUGGCGACGGUCAACUACACGUCCCCGGGCUCCGUCUGGCCCGCGCCCGACGUGCAUGACUGUGCAGUGUACACCCCGCCGGGAUAUGACAGCAAGUCAGACCGUGAAUACCCCCUUGUGUACCUCUCGCACGGCGCCGGCGGCAAUGGCGAUGACUGGCAGAAUCUAGCUCGCAUGGGCAACAUCAUGGACAGCCUGAUCGCCGGGGGUUUCAUUGAGCCCACCGUCGUAGUCACGCCGAGCUUCUACAACAUCGCGCCCGAGUAUAACUUCACGUAUGGCCUGCCCGCGCGAGCGCCCGAGGCCCCCGUGGUGCGUGAGAACUACUUCGCGCACCUCUUCCCCUUCAUCGAGGCCAACUACCGCGUCUCCAAGUCACCCUCGCGCCGCGCCUUUGCGGGCCUUAGCCUCGGCGGCCGCCUCACGUACGAGAUGUACAUCAACGCCACCGACUACUUUGACUACUUUGGCAUCUUCUCGGGCGCGCAGGGCAUGGUGAAUGCGUCGCACCUGGCUCCCCGCGCGGCAGAGUUUAGGCGCAAGGGCGUCUUCAACUCGUACGGCCUCUACGACUUUACCUUUGACAUGGACCGGUCCCUCGAGGUCGCCAUGAACGCGAACCGCAUCCGCUACGUCAGCCGCAUCCAGCCGUGGGGUGGCCACUACUGGCCGACCUGGAUGGACUGCCUGUAUCACUUUGGGCGCCAGGCGCUGUGGAAGCCGUUGCCUUUUGAUGGACGCACCGGGAGGAGUGUAAAGGAUUAG